CUGCAUUCCCCUUUUCUCAAGCAGAACGCUCUCUCUCUCUCUCUCUCUCUCUCUCUACACAGACACAUUUACAGUAUAUUACUAUAUAGUUUCGGCUUCAGCUGAAGACAAUCAAUUUCCGGGCUCGGUUCUCUCUUCUAUGACGAGGGAUACCCACCCAAGCCCAGAUAGAGCUGCGUUUCGUCCAUGAAAUUUAGGAACAUAGCUAAUAGGCAAACUUGUAUUGCAAUGGGGGAAUGCAACGGUGCAUCCUAUGUAGGGAUUAAUGAAGUGCCUUCUCCACGGGUGAAUAGUAAUGCUAGAAAAGUCUCAGUUUUGCCCCUUAUCUUCCUCAUCUUCUAUGAGGUCUCAGGGGGACCAUUUGGGGUUGAGGACAGUGUGCAGGCAGCCGGGCCUCUUCUAGCCCUGGUCGGGUUCUUGGUAUUCCCUUUCAUAUGGAGUGUACCUGAAGCCCUAAUAACCGCGGAAAUGGGUACCAUGUUCCCAGAAGAUGGUGGCUAUGUGGUUUGGGUUUCGUCAGCGUUGGGUGACUAUUGGGGAUUUCAGCAAGGUUGGAUGAAAUGGCUAAGUGGGGUCAUUGAUAACGCUCUCUAUCCGGUUUUGUUUCUCGACUAUUUGAAAUCUGCGAUUCCAGAAUUAGGUGGUGGUUUACCAAGGGUCAUUGCGACAUUGGUUUUGACUGCUCUCCUAACUUACAUGAAUUACAGGGGUUUAACCAUUGUCGGGUGGGUUGCUGUUUUGUUAGGGGUUCUCUCACUCACUCCAUUCGUAGUCAUGGGACUUAUUGCAAUCCCAAAAAUAAGGCCUUCAAGAUGGUUAAUGGUAGAUUUACAGAGUGUCGACUGGAAUUUGUAUCUGAACACUCUUUUUUGGAAUUUGAAUUAUUGGGAUUCAAUAAGCACACUUGCCGGAGAGGUGGAUAAUCCGAAGAAGACUCUACCAAAGGCCUUGUUUUAUGCUUUGAUCCUAGUUGUUUGUGGGUAUUUCUUUCCUCUACUCAUUGGCACGGGAGCUAUACCAGUUGACCGUGAGUUGUGGACCGAUGGGUACUUCUCAGAUAUUGCUAAGAUGGUGGGUGGAGUGUGGUUGAGUAUUUGGAUCCAAGGAGCUGCUGCAAUGUCUAAUAUGGGUAUGUUUGUGACCGAAAUGAGCAGCGAUUCUUUUCAACUUCUUGGUAUGGCAGAAAGAGGGAUGCUUCCAGAAUUUUUCGCCACGAGAUCCCGUUACGGAACUCCUCUUGUUGGUAUCUUGUUUUCGGCUUCUGGAGUUGUUAUGCUUUCGUGGAUGAGCUUUCAAGAGAUAGUGGCUGCGGAAAACAUAUUGUAUUGUUUUGGAAUGAUUUUGGAGUUCAUAGCAUUUAUAGUGCUCAGAAUAAAACACCCGGCUGCAUCUCGGCCUUACAAGAUACCUUUGGGAACAGUGGGAUCCCUUUUGAUGUGUAUUCCUCCUACCAUAUUGAUUUUUGUCGUUUUGGCUCUUUCUUCGCUCAAAGUGAUGGUUGUAAGUCUUGUUGCUGUGGUGAUUGGGCUUGUGAUGCAGCCUUGUGUGAAGCAUGUCGAGAGAAAGAGAUGGUUUAAGUUUUCAGAAAGUGAUGAUCUACCAGAUCUUCAUAGUACUGCGCGGGAGGAUAGUGAAACCUUCAUCGAGUGAGUAAUCCGUUGUUCGCUGUUAGGGGAAAUGAAGGUGUACUAAUAAUGGUGCGAGCUGCCUACACGAGAAAUAUUUUGUGUCUUCAUGAAGGUUUUGCAAAGUUCCCAAUCUACGAAAAGAUGCUACUUUAGCUUUUGUAUCUCUCAAGCUGUUUGCAUGUUUAGAUGCUUAUCAUUUAACAAGAUAUGGUCAAUAGCUGUUUGUCAUCUUUGCUUUUAGAGUUGCGAUAUAUGGUAAUGAUGAUUGAUUAAGCUAUGCAAACUCUUGAAUGGACAAUGAAUUUGGUGGAACCUAGUAGUAGGUUGGGGAA